CAAAAUGUUUUGGAACAGCGGCCGCUGCUGCUUUCUGGGUCAACAAUGUCUCGACGACGGCGCAGUGGCCGACCGGGACCCGAUCCUACUGGUUUCCGGCGUGGGCGGUUCUAUACUCAACUCCAGGAGUAAGAAGACCGGGCGGGAGACCCGGGUCUGGGUCCGGAUCCUCCUCGCCGACCUAGAGUUCAAGAAGAAGCUCUGGUCUGUCUACAACCCCGAAACCGGUUAUACAGAAUGUUUAGAUGAUACUUGUGAGAUUGUGGUUCCUCAAGAUGAUUAUGGCCUCUAUGCAAUUGAUAUUUUGGAUCCUUCAAGCUUUGUAAAGUGUAUGCGUUUGUCAAAUACAUACAAUUUCCACGAUAUGAUUGAAAUGCUUGUUGGAUGUGGAUACAAAAAAGGAACUACGUUGUUUGGAUAUGGCUAUGACUUCCGACAGAGCAAUAGGAUCGACCAGGCAAUGAAUGGUUUAAGAGAAAAGUUGGAAGCUGCAUAUCUUGCAUCGCGGGGAAGGAAAAUCAACAUAAUUUCUCAUUCAAUGGGGGGAUUGCUUGUUACAUGUUUUAUGUCACUUCAUCCCGAUGUAUUCACUAAGUAUGUAAACAAGUGGAUUGCUAUUGCAUGCCCCUUUCAAGGCGCACCAGGUUGUGUCAAUGAUUCUUUGUUAACUGGAGUGCAGUUUGUUGAAGGAUUUGAGAGCUUCUUUUUUGUUUCUAGGUGGACUAUGCAUCAACUGUUAGUGGAAUGUCCAUCCAUUUAUGAGAUGCUGCCGAACCCCAACUUCGAGUGGAAAAAGAAACCUGAAAUUCAUGUGUGGCGGAAAACGUCUCAGGAUGGGGAGACUUUGGUUGAGCUGGAGUCGUAUAGCCUCAAAGAAAGUGUGACCUUACUUGAAGAAGCACUGAAGACGAAUCAGCUAAAUUAUAAUGGGGUUGCAGUUGCUCUACCUUUCAACAUUUCAAUUCUCAAUUGGGCCACUGGUACUCGCAAAAUUAUUGACAACGCUCAACUACCCCAGGGAAUUGAGUUCUACAACAUCUAUGGAACAUCUUUUGACACACCUUUUGAUGUUUGUUAUGGCUCAGAAACAAAUCCAAUCGAGGACUUAUCGGAUAUCUGCCACACAAUGCCUGAUUAUGAUUGUGUGGAUGGCGAUGGAACUGUUCCGUCUGAAUCGGCAAAGGCUGAUCAUUUUGAGGCAGCGGAAAGGGUUGGAGUGAGAGCCGGUCACCGGGAACUACUAUGUGAUGAAACUGUUUUUGAUCUCAUAAAAAAAUGGCUAAAUGUGGGCGAGAUUGCCAAGUUGACGAAGAAUCGUACGAGUUCUUGUAAAGUUAUGGAUUGCUCAUAUGAGUAGUGACCAGGGUCAGGUUCUGUGUAAUACUAAUACCCCCUUUGGCUUUAGUUAGUGGUAGAAACACUUCUAUGUAACCUAAAAAUAAGAACAGAUCCUUUAGGUUGAUUCCAAAUUCUGAAGUUAAGAUGAUAAAUUUUCAUGUGAUCUGUUGGAAAGAAAUAAAUGUAGUAUAUAAUUUUCUGCAUCUUCGACUUAACAUUCUUGUUGUUGUAAGUGAAAUAUAUUUAAAUAGUACUAAAAUAUAGUGACAUUC